AUGGAUUCUCUUACCAGGCGCAUUAGAAUAGCAACACUACAGUACUGUCCGUACCUCAUUACCCACCAGAUUGGUGCCUACCGGAGUACCCAGAAUGCAUUCAACGACGUUACAUCCAGGGCCAACAUGCUCUCAUUUGGUCCAUGCCGACACAGGAGCGGUCAGGACCUCCGCAGCGGCUAUGACGGGCUGUCGCAGUUGAGCAAUACCGCUCGUAUGCCGAGGUUGGUACUCGCCGAUCACAAUGCCUCUUACAGCUUGAAUCUCACUGCGCCGCAGGCGUUGGCGCAACCAGGUAUGGGACAACAUGGCAAGUUCCUCAUGGGGAGCGACCCCGAGCUCAUCGCCUCACCAUGUCUACCCUAG